AUUCAUCCUCACUACAUCUCCUCAUAUAUUCUACAAAAUUAAUACCUUUAAUUACUCAUAAAUCAAAAAAUGGCAGGUUGUGCUACAAAUUUGAUGUACUUAUUCCUCAUUUUGGGCCUUGCUGCCCCUACCUUGGCUACCGAAUACAUGGUUGGUGGCUCCGUUGGUUGGAGCCUAGAUGCCAACCUUCAAUUAUGGCUCAACGGAAAGACUUUCAAGGUUGGCGAUGUCCUCGUUUUCAACUACGACCCAAAACUCUGCAACUUGGUUCAAGUGGACAUCACGGGCUAUAGCACUUGCCUUCCAACAAAUAUAUUGUACAUUGAUGACAGUGGAAAGACUACAAUCACUCUUUCAAAAGCAGGAGUUUUCUACUACAUUUCUUCUCUCUCCAACACCUGCCUCGAUGGCCUCAAAAUAAUAAUCACUGUACUCUGAAAAACAAAAGGAAAAUAAUUUCCUGCUUAGCUUUUCUCAGUUGGAUGUUUGAAUAAUGUUUGUCAUCGUGCAUGGUUAUAAAUCAUGCAUGCAUGCAUGUCUGUUUAUCUCUUAAGUAUCUUAAUAAAGUGCCACCGUGAGAAGGUUGGUAUAUGUUUUCUGUU